AUGGCAAUUGGGCAGUUUAAAGAUGUGGAAGCCGGGGAAAUUAAUUCCCUGGAAGAUUUAGAGAAGCCAUUGAUUUCAAAACAGCAAAGUGUUGUUCAUGAAAAUGAUCACGAGACUGAUAAGACUAGUGUUGGCAAUGGAUCCAUUUGGAUGGUUUUGCUAUGCACAUUUGUUGCUGUUUGUGGUUCAUUUGAAUUUGGAUCUUGUGUGGGGUAUUCAGCACCCACUCAAUCUGCUAUUAGGGAAGAUCUGAAUCUGUCUCUAGCUGAGUUCUCAAUGUUUGGUUCUAUCUUAACCAUUGGAGCAAUGUUUGGUGCUGUGACUAGUGGCCGGAUUGCAGACUUGAUUGGUCGAAAAGGGGCAAUGAGAUUAUCAGCUGCUUUUUGCAUUACUGGAUGGCUUGCUGUAUAUUUCUCUAAGGGGGCUAUGUCACUGGAUGUUGGAAGGUUUUCCACUGGAUAUGGCAUUGGAGUUUUCUCCUAUGUGGUUCCAAUCUUCGUAGCUGAAAUAGCACCAAAGAAUCUCCGAGGAGGACUCACAACACUGAAUCAGCUCAUGAUUGUUACUGGUUCAUCAGUUGCAUUCGUAAUAGGAACAAUCAUACCAUGGAGGGAACUGGCUCUGACUGGACUUGUGCCAUGCAUUUUCCUGUUUGUUGGUCUCUUUUUCAUUCCUGAAUCUCCGAGAUGGCUGGCAAAGGUUGGCCUCAAUAAAGAAUUUCAUGUUGCUCUACGCAAACUUCGCGGUAAAGAUGCUGAUAUCACUCAAGAAGCUACAGAAAUUCAAAUAUACAUAGAAACUCUUCAAAGCCUUCCAAGAACUAGACUAUUGGACCUGUUUCAAUCAAAAUAUAUUCGUUCAGUGAUUAUUGGAGUUGCAUUAAUGGUAUUCCAACAGUUUGGAGGAAUUAAUGGAAUCAGCUUCUAUGCAAGUGAAACCUUUGCAUCAGCUGGGCUUUCUUCAGGAAAAACUGGAACCAUAGCAUAUGCUUGUGUUCAGGUCCCUAUAACUGUUGUGGGAGCAAUGUUAAUGGACAAGUCAGGAAGAAGACCAUUGAUAAUGGUUUCUGCCAGUGGCACAUUUCUUGGCUGCUUCCUAGCUGGCUGUUCAUUCUAUCUCAAGGACCAUAAUCUUUUGCUUGAAUGGGUACCAAUGUUAGCUAUUGCUGGAGUACUGAUUUAUAUAGCAUCUUUCUCAAUUGGAAUGGGAGCAGUUCCAUGGGUGAUAAUGUCUGAGAUUUUCCCAAUAAAUGUUAAGGGAGUGGCCGGUAGCUUAGUGGUCCUGGUGAAUUGGCUAGGUGCUUGGGCAGUCUCCUACACAUUCAACUUUCUCAUGAGCUGGAGUUCCUCAGGAACCUUUUUUGUCUACUCUGGAUUCUCUGUAAUUACCAUCCUAUAUGUAGCAAAAUUUGUCCCAGAAACAAAAGGGAAAACACUAGAAGAAAUCCAGGCAAGCAUCAAUUCAUAAGAGGAACAAACAAACAAAACCUAUUGCUUCAAAGAUUAAAAUGCCACAAAUAUCAGGAGAAGAUAUUGGAAGAAAAUUUUGAAGUGGUUUUUCGCUUCAAGCAUCCUCUCAAUUCCAAGGCCAAAUUUUCCUUGUCAUGACACAGCAUGAAUAGAUGGAACAAACUGUUCUUUUCUGGACUCCAAUGGAUGUCAUGCAAAUCACUUCUGGAUGAGAUCAUGCAGCCUCUAGCAUUACUUUUCAGCCCAUGUUUUUUUUUUUUUUUGUCUUGUUUUUUCAAUUUUAGGAUAAGUUAAGAGAUACAUUCUUCUUAGCUCCUGCAUUGUAAUCUUAAAAGAAAAAAUCUUUCAAUUUCUUAAUUGCAGUUAAUAAUUUUGUGCA